GCCUGUGAGGUGGAGCAGCUCUCUGCAUUCUCAGCUCAGGGGAGAACAGUCAGAUAUCAGCCCAUGUUAACUCUGUGUGUCCUCACUGUAGGCUGACAGACAUGACUAUGAGGAUUUAACCCACAGAAUCACUAUUCCCAAGUAGCCAGAGACUGUGACGAGGAUGGCAGAAUAAUGAGUGUGCCUGGAUGAAGGAUCAGGAUGAGAAUGACCCCUCAGCAGAAAGUGCCUAGCAAGGACCUGGGGUCGUGGCUACAGGAAGGAGGGAAGAAAAUGAGGGCCUCAGUACAAAGAAGACGCUCUUCUUCUGCCAUAACCCGAGCUCUUGGCAGGACCAAGCCUCAUUCCAGGGAUAUAACUAUGAUUCCUGCACAUUCUGGGAAUGGGCUUCUCCUCGGAGCUUUCUGUAGCCCCAAUAACAUGUUCAUACUAAGAGAAAAAGUUCACCUAUCAAGUGGAUGGCAGACACAAGAGAGACAUCUUUUCCUAUUCAGUGAUUCCCUGAUCAUCGCCAAGUCAAAGUCUUCUACCAUGAAGCUAAAGAAACAUGUUCGCCUGAGUGAGAUGUGGAUCUCGACAUGCCUUGGAGAAGUAUCAGAAAAAAAAUACUACCCUGAAGACUCCUUUGUAAUUGGCUGGCCCACAGCAAACUAUGUUGUCACAUUUAGUUCCUCCGAGACAAAGGAGAAGUGGCUUUCAACUUUGUGCUGGCAUAUUAAUGAAGUGAAGAAAAAUGAAUAUCCCCGGAAAAUCCCUAUUAGUGUUUUGUACCUGGAGGCAGAUGAGUUCACAUCUAAUACCACAAUUACUGUAUGUAACACAGAUGAUGCAGAAAAAGUGAUUAAACAAGCGACUCAACAGCUCAGAAUCCCUGGAAGAGCGAGUGACUACCACCUGUGGGUGAUGUCUGCAAAGGAUGAGUCUUUAUAUCCUCUUUUUGGUCAUGAACAACCUUACAGCAUUGCAAUGAACUGUGUCAGGGAAUCCAUGGACGUUUCUAGAGGAAGCAACAAUAACAUUCUCGGUACAGACAGUACAGAAGACAUGUGUCUUGAACAGUUUUCUCAGGAAAGGCUCUGCCAGUUUAUAAUUAAAAUGAAGCCGCAAGUUCCUCUGUAUGUGAGAAGGGGACCCACACAGAAGCACUGUCGAAGGAAAAAGUCACUAAUAGACUGGGCUUUGAGACGGACCGGAAGCACCACUUUAAGUUCUGCUUCCUCACAGUCACCUCUUACUCCUCGCAAACUUUUUGGUCACUCCUUGUCAUCAGUUUGUCAUAACGGCAAUCUACCCAAGCCCAUAAUGGAUAUGCUUCUACUAUUAUAUGAAGAAGGACCGCACACUAGGGGAAUUUUCAGACGCUCAGCCAAUGCCAAGACAUGCAAGGAGCUUAAGGAGAAGUUGAUCUCUGGGGACGAGGUCCAUAUGGAUGGAGAAUCUGUCUUUGUAGCAGCUGCAGUGAUCACGGAUUUUCUACGCAAUAUUCCUGACAGUAUUCUAUCCUCAGACAUGCAUGGACUUUGGAUGGAGGUUGCAGAAAUUGAGGAACCUGAAUAUAAGAUUAAAGUCAUAAAAAGCUUGUUGGACCAGCUUCCAGAAGCAAACUUUAUUCUGCUGCAGUACUUGUUUGCUGUACUGAAUCAUAUAGAAAAUAAUUCUGAAGAGAACCAAAUGACUGCUUCCAACCUCGCUGUCUGCAUAGCUCCUAAUAUGUUAUGGCUGCCUUCAGUCAGUGACCCAGAAGAGGAAAGCAAGUCAACAAAAAAGGUGGCUCUUCUAGUACAGUUCUUGAUAGAAAAUUACAAGCUUAUCUUUGGACAAGAUGCCGAAUCUCUCUUCAGCAAACAUGAAAAACAAGAGUCAGGAAGCACAGACGACUUGUCAGGCAUACACCUUUUGCACGGACAGGAUUCCUCAGAUGAACUUGAGUUUGCUUCAUCAGACUUGGACAAGUCUGAUACAAAUUUACUAAAAGAUGAAGAUGUUAUGUUUGAUGAGUCUUUGCUCUUAGAGGAGAAAGAAGAUUGGGAUCUGUUUAGCGAAAUUGCGGCCUGCUAUCAGAGCAAAACAAAAAUGGACAUCUUGGAAUGCUAUAAUAAUGACCCACUAAAUUCUAUUGGUUCUGGCCUCCUGAGUCCAAACAGAGACAGAUGCUCUUCAGAACCAAGUGUGUGUCUCAGUUCUAGGCAUCCUGCCCAAGUCCAUGAACCAGUUGCUCGCCAGUCUAGCUGUGAUGCCACCAUAAUACACAAUCAUAUUGACUACAUAAAUCAACUGAAGCAACUGCGGUUGGAAAGUCAGAAAUUAUUAAAGGACGAGCAUGGCCCAAACAUGAAGAACACUCCACGCGCCUUUUGGAGGUCAACUCAGGCGUGUAUUAUGAAGGAAAGAAAUUUACAAAAGGUGAAUGGUUCCAGCAGGUCAAGCAUUUCAAGUCUUUCUUCUACCACCACCUCUCCUUCUGUCUCCUCCUUAAGUUCCUUAGAUAGCGCUUUCUCUUAUUGCUCAGAGUCCUCUGUAUUUAGCCCCAGUGAUGUCACUUCUCUACCUUUCAUGUUUGGGACCUCAGCCAGAUUGCACACACUUUCCCCAGAAAUCACCAAAAAGAAAUUAAGAGAGUGGCAUAUACCCAUGAAUACUCUCUUUGGUGGCACCUCCUGUGAUCUUGACUCUUGGGAAAUGCAGUGGGAAAUGGAUAAUGGAGUGAAAGAUAGGGAUAAAGCCAAUGAUGAAGUUUCAGUUCACAGUAACAUUCAAAGGUUAUAUUUGGACAAGGAACCAAGAGAAAUUUUCAAUUUCCCAGUACAGGGCAAAGAAACUGUAAAAGAUUCAGAAUGUAAUCAUUUUAGGGCUGAGGCUGGUCAUUGUGUCCAGAAGGAAACCACUGUUAAGCACAUUGAGAUCAAAAGGCAGGAAUCCUCUAAUGAUGAUAGUCUCCAGUGUACAAAAGUGACUUUCUUUAUGUCUCCUAAUAUCAUGUCAGUAAAAAGUCAGAGUGACCAGAAUUUAAACAGAGAUUCUAAUAGUUCGGUUUCCCAAAGCAGAAAAUGCCAAAUUCCACAGACUAUGUUCUAUGGUCAAAAUGCGCCUCUGCAUUCGGUGUCUAGGAAGCACCAUCCAGAGGUGGACAAACCUUGCUGGCAAUCGCAACUCAAACAUGUUCUCAACAGGAGUUCCCAAAAUGAGACAAUAACCAACAAGGCAUCCAAAGACCUCGCUGCAGGUACCGUAGAGGGCGAGAUCCUAAAUGAAGAGCAGAAGUUAAAAGAAUCCCAUACAGAGAAGUCCACCAAAUACAAUGCACAUACCAAAAAUCAUAGCAAGAGCAUAACCUCCUUCAGCCAGAGCAUCCGCAUAAUGUUACCAUCCUCUGUGAAGAAUACAGUGAAGGAUUAUUUCAAGCAUACUGAUCCUAAGUCUCCCAGUACUUCACAAGAGGUGACAGUGAAAACUAAUCUGAUCCAGAAUAAAACAGAGAACAGUAACUUACAGGGGACGGAAGACUCCAGGGAGACAAAGGAGGGCAGCUGUUUAGUAGAGGAAUCUUUUGUGUAAAUGGUUGAUAAAAGCGAUAUUUUUUUUUUGUAUUUUUUGUUGUGUACAGAGAUGAAGAUGUGUACAAUUCAGCUGUACAGAGCCAGCACUUGAGUACUAGGUUACUGUACAUACUGUAAUUACUGUUUAGUGUGUAAAGAAUGCAUUAGGUUUUAUUACCAGAAUAUAAUAUUAGGGUACGGUCCCAUGUAGAGCUUACGCAGCGUAUUUCACACUGCACAGCGGGAAAUAUGCUGUGUAUUAUUCUCCAAUGAGCAUACACACAAGGCUACCCGGUGGCGGGGAAGCCCUGUGUGUAUGCUCAUCGGCAAAUAUGCAGCGUAUUUGCCGAUACACAGCAGAUUUUGCACAGAGUGGAAUACACUGUGUAAGUACUACAUGGGACCGUACCCUAAAGUAGUAUUUUCGUUCUCAGGAUCGGUGGAGGUCCCAGAGGUCAGACCCCCCUGAUCAUAAAGUGAUGGCAUAUUCUAGCAAUAUGGUAUUGAUUACUGAGAUGGAAAUAGCUCCUCUCAUGGGUCGCAUUUGAUAAGAUUUAACCAGGCAACACAUCAGUGGUUACCUUCUGCAUCAGUGGGUCCCAUUCAGAAUUCUCAUGUUUAGUAAAAUGCCAGACACCAAACUUGAGUUACACCCAUUAUAGUCAGUGAGGUCCGUCGAAUGUCUGCUUGUUACUUUCAUUUAACAGAUCCAGCACUUCCGUCCUAACAGCGGCAAUCCUUGACACAUAUGUGACUCAUUCAAGAUUCACCAGAACUUUCCAGCAACUAAGGUUGAUAUUGUUUAAACUAGUUAUCUUCGAGGGCUCUACAAAUAUUUGCUUUAUAAAGGGUGGAAAUAUUGCUAUAAUUAUAUAGAAGUUUUUUGGUAGAACCAAUUUUUAGGCAUCUUCCAAUAACUAUAAGGUCCUAUUUAUGCAGUGUCAAAGCGCAUAGAGGUGCAGGAGCUUCAAGGGGUACUCCGCCCCUUGACAACUUAUACCCUAUCCAAAGGUUAAGGAUAUAAUUCCCUAGUGGCGGGACCCCCGCGGUAUCUGCUGCGGCACCCAAAACAUCCAGUGCACAGAGCGAACUUUGCUCCAUGCCAGAUGACUGGCCAUGCGGGGCGGAGGCUCGUGACAUCACGGUCACGCCCCCUUAAUGCAAGUCUAUGGGGAGGGCAUGACGGCCAUCCAUGACGUCACAAGGAGGGCGUGACAGUGACAUCAUCAGCCUCCGGCGCUGCACCUGAUGCUCUAAAUGAACACCGGGUGCAGCAGGAAGAUCGCGGGGGUCCCCAGCGGUUGGUCCUCUGCGAUCAGACAUCUUAUCCCCUUUCCUUUGGAUAGGGGAUAAGAUGUCUAGGGGCAGACUACCCCUUUAACUCUUGCUGCAUGGUGUCCUGUGUGACCCCUUAUGUUGGACUGUUAGAGAUGCCUUGGAUGGAACUUGCCACCAUUUUUAUCUUCCAAUUCUUACAGAACCCAAGAGAAAAAACCUUGAUAUCCCCUCUUAUGAAAUCUGUUAAGAUACAAUGAUAUUUUAGACCUCCGAAUGUUUAGACUUUAGACCGAAGUAAACCAGAAUCCUGAUGACAGUCAUUUACACUUACCCUGUCUGUGUGUGAACACUAGUACAUGAGGAAGGAAUAAUAGAUGUAGCAUAAAUGGAAAAAAGGAAUGUUGAUAAUGGUUUGUGCAAGUUUGUGGUUUGUGAUUAGAGGGAAGAUGAGCUAAAAGGGUGGAUUCCAUAAAAUGUUAAGGCUUUAUGCAUGUGACAGUCGUAGAAUACCUGGACGGACAUUACAGUAUCCAGAAGCUGAGAUUUAUUAGGAUAUGAAUUUACAUGAAAUGUGGUAAGAAGUGUAAGCAAAAGGAUGGCAUUCUCUGGGAAGAAACCUUGUAGACCACCUGAAGGAGUUGUCCAUGAUUGUUAAUGUAAAACUCUGUGUGUCUUCUGGAAACAAAGCUAUGGGUGGUGUCUGGCAUUGGAACCCAAUUUUCUGAAUAGUAAUAGGCUGCAAUACCAGAAAGUGGUGGUAUUUCCAGAAAACAAGCAAUCCCCUUUUUCUAAUGAUGAGCAACCCCUUUAAAAAGUUGUUUAUUGAGUACAUAUUGGGAUUUCUGAUACAAAUACUAUAUUUAAGCCUGGUGAAAAUGGCUAAGCACAGAAAAUAGUUAAAGUGACUGAAUGGGUUGUCAUUGGAAUAAUACCAAUAACAUCAUUAGAAAUGAGCAAACUUACAGUGAUUCGAUUCGUCACAAACUUCUCGGCUCUGCAGUUGCUGACUUUAGCCUGCAUAAAUUAGUUCAGCUUUCAUAGUCUCCUAGGACUGUAUGCAGGCUAAAGUCAGCAAAUGCAGAGCCAAGAAGUUUGUGACGAAUUGAAUUACUGUAAGUUCGCUCAUUUCUAAACAUCAUGAUAAUGUAAGUUUAUAGGUCAUACAUAGGUUUUGUGAGAGGACUCCAAUAGAAGAGCAUGGGGCCUCUACUGUUCCUCUGUGUCUCCAGUUUCAUGGAGGGUUUUUCUGUUGGUUUCUGUACAAAUCCUUGGAAGCAUGUUCCAUCAGGCUCCUUGGCCCUUAUUUACUAUUUUGGAGAAGUCAGGGGAAAUGCAUUUCAUUGUAUUUAUUAACGUUCUGCGCCAAACAUGGCCAAAAUUUUGCCUAUUUUCCUGACCAUUCCCUUAUUUUAAAAUGUGGGCGUGGUUUUCAUUUUUUCUACAAUCCGAGUCAUUUAUGAAAUUUUUUCUGCCUGUUUUUGGUGUCUUUUUAGGUUGUAAUUUUUAACUUUCAACAGAGAGGUUCAAAUUUUGAUGCACUUUUUGAGAUGCCAAAGUUUAAAGACAUGUGAAACCCCAUUCAUAUAUAUGAUGGAAAAGUUCACUUAAAUUCACUAUGAAAAAAGAAAAAAUGGAAAUCAUAACACAGGGAGGAAGGGUACGCAAAAUGUCCAACAGAGUCUGUGCAGCUACUAUGGAGCUAUACAGACUAUGGGGCAGAUUUAUCAAAACCUGUGUAGAGGAAGAGUGGUCAGAUUACUUCUUUCCUGUGAAAAAUGAAAGAAACUAUGGGUGGUCACUAUGGGCAACUGCACCACUCUUCCUCUACACAGGUUUUGACAAAUCUUCCCCUAUGUGCAUAAGCCUUAAAGGGGUACUCUGCCCUUAUACAUGUUAACCCAUA